UUUUUCAAGAAAAUCUGCUUUACGACAACGGGAAUUGAAAACAAUUGUCAAGAGUAUCACACUGAAAGUCGUAAUGUUUGGUCAAAUGUCACUGUUUUUACAGUUAUCACGCUAUUAGUAGAUUAUCAUUACUUGCCACAAAAUAGUAUAAAAGAAGACAACACCCUAUAUAGAGGAUCACAGUACAUUCUAUAAUGCAGUUUGCUCCACUCCUCAUUCUUUUCGGGAUUUCUGGGGCUCUCUCCAGUCCUCAUGGACUGGGAGAGGGUUAUCCGGACGCAGACUAUCGUCCCAAGUCCUGCCAUCUUGACCUGUACACUUGCAGGAGCCAUGGAAAAAGAAUUUUUGCCCACAGGGUUAUGGGCGCCAAUUGCGAGCGGUUCUGCCAGACUCAGCCCGGUAUGAAAUACUACGAAUUCGAAUUCGUCUUCCAAAGCUGCGCGUGUUACGAGAAAUGCGAGGGCCUUGAAUAUGUGAGAGCCAAUCGAGAUUUUGUCAUCUAUCCGUACGUCGGGAUCCUGAGCGAAGCCUCCCGAGACUCCAAGAGCCCGUUCUGUACGGAAUUCUUUGAGCACACCCUCGAAAGGAAUCAAGGAAAGCUGAAUUAUCGCAGAAAGGGCUGCGAGUGGAAUAUGCGUGCCACUUGCACUGGCUUCAAAGAUCCUUUUAAGACGGUGAUUCUUGGCAAGUCAUCGGAUAUGGAAGUAUGCUUGGAGACCUGCAAACCCCACAUCAGCUCCGGAGUCAAUUACUCAUGGUUCGAUGAAACCACGGGCGAAUGCUUUUGUCUGAAAUCUUGCCCACGGGUGGGAUCUAUGCACGGACGUGAAGACGUGAUCACUUCUGGAAUAGCUGUCAUGACCCCGGAAGAUCCCGAUAAUGUAUGCUACGAAUAAAGAAGGACCACGGACCGUUGGCUUCCAUGUGCCAGCAACAAUUGAGAUACAUGGAGAAAUGAGAUUGCCCCAGGUGACAUACUUUUGUCGUUCACUUUAGCAAUGACGAGCAUCUCUCAAUUUAUUUCUUUGUAAAGAAACUUUGGAAGUCCAAUGUCUUAUACAUAUCUGAGAUAGAUCAA